UUGCGAGUUUUCAAUUUCUUUAGCUUUUUCUAUACCGUGUGGUUUUGCCUUGCUCUUACUUUGAUGCACUAUUUCGAAUGUAUUUAUUGUAAAAUAUUACUUAUCAAUAUUGAAGGAACUGACAGCGAAGUUGACUUGACUUGAAGUGAGGGUGUGCAUUGGAGGAAGAGACACACACGGAGCCAUGUUUCUCCGCCUGUUUUUUCUUUUUGGUGGGUGGGGUGGGGGGAUUGUGCCGAAACCUGGCAACCCGACUAGCAGCCAGCAGAGAGUCGACGGAGAGUUGACAGGCACAACAUCACACCAGUUGCCUCAACCAGAGAUAUAGAAGCGCCUCUUUCUCUCACGACUGACAGUCGAUCCGCGAGGCCCAGCUGUACACACGCGCAGAGGGAGAUGUACCGUCUUGUGACCUUCAGUAUGCCGGUGAGUUGGACUUGAGCAGGUUGAAGACGCCUUGAGAGGUUGCUGUGUCAGUCAGUGCUUGAACCCCAGCAGGGGACAACAUGGGGAACACAGCGACCAAGUUCCGCAAGUCUCUCAUCAAUGGAGAUGAGGUGCUUGCCUGCCAACUCUAUGAGAGCAACCCGCAGUUCAAGGAGGCUCUGGAUCCCAACUCUACAUACGGAGAGUCCUACCAGCACAACACUCCACUGCACUACGCUGCCCGGCACGCGAUGGCACGCCUACUCAGGUCUUUUCUCCUAAACAAAGAUGGAAAUCCUAACAAGCGUAAUGUGCUCAAUGAGACAUCUCUACACCUUCUCUGCAUGGGGCCCCAGAUCCUGAUCUCAGAAGGGGCACUGCAGCCUCGGAUCUCACGGCCGUACGAAGACGAACAUCGGCGGACUGAAUGUCUACAAAUCCUCCUGGCAUGGACUGGGGCAAAGCUGGAUCACGGAGAGUAUGAGAGUGUUGAUAUCAAUGCUACAGACAACAAGAAGAACACCUGCCUGCACUAUGCUGCCGCCUCAGGGAUGAAGACUUGUGUUGAGUUUCUGGUGCAGAGAGAGGCGGACCUGUUUGCGGAGAAUGAAAACCGCGAGACUCCGUGUGACUGUGCGGAGAAGCAGCACCAUAAGGAGUUGGCCCUAUGCCUGGAGUCGCAGAUGGUCUUUUCGAUUGCCCCUGAGGCGGAGGGCAUCGAGGCAGAGUACGCAGCCCUCGACCGAAGAGAGCAAUACGAGGGCCUGCGGCCUCAGGAUCUACGGAGGCUGAAGGACAUGCUGAUAGUGGAGACAGCUGACAUGCUGCAGGCCCCCCUCUUCACUGCAGAGGCACUGCUACGUGCCCAUGAUUGGGACAGAGAGAAGCUUUUAGAGGCCUGGAUGUCCAAUGCGGAGGAAUGCUGCCAACGCUCAGGUGUACAGAUGCCUAACCCACCUCCAAGUGGCUGCAAUGCCUGGGACACCUUGCCCUCACCCAGGACGCCGCGCACCACCCGCUCUUCCGUCACUUCCCCAGACCAAAUCAGCCUCAUGCCUGCUGAUGACGAGUCUUCCCUGUGUGGCAUCUGCCUGUCUUCCAUCUCCAUCUUUGAAGAACCUGUUGACAUGUCCUGUUGCCACGAAUUCUGCAGAGCAUGCUGGGAAGGAUUUCUUAAUCUGAAGAUCCAAGAGGGUGAAGCCCAUAACAUCUUCUGCCCGGCUUUUGACUGCUACCAGCUGGUGCCCGUGGAGGUCAUAGAGAGUGUGGUGUCCAGAGAGAUGGACAGACGCUACCUGCAGUUUGAUAUCAAGGCAUUUGUGGAAAACAAUUCAGUAAUCCGCUGGUGUCCUGUGGCAGGGUGUGAAAGGGCCGUGCGACUAAGCACCCAGGGUCCUGGGACCUCCACCUCAGACCCUCUUAUUUAUCCCCUUCUUCGUGCCCCUGCUGUGGAUUGUGGCAAAGGCCACCUCUUCUGCUGGGAGUGUCAAGGUGAGGCCCAUGAGCCCUGUGACUGUGAGACCUGGAAAUUGUGGCUACAGAAAGUCAAUGAGAUGAGGCCAGAGGAAUUGGCGGGUGUGACCGAAGCCUACGAGGACGCAGCCAACUGCUUAUGGUUGCUCACCAACUCCAAACCCUGCGCCAAUUGCAAGUCCCCGAUACAAAAAAACGAGGGCUGCAACCACAUGCAGUGUGCUAAGUGCAAGUAUGACUUCUGCUGGAUCUGCCUGGAGGAGUGGAAAAAGCACAGCUCAUCAACAGGAGGCUACUAUCGCUGCACCCGCUAUGAAGUCAUCCAGCAGGUGGAGGAGCAGUCAAAGGACAUGACUGAAGAGGCAGAGAAGAAUCACAAGAGCUUUCAGGAACUCGACCGCUUUAUGCACUACUACACACGUUUCAAGAACCACGAGCACAGCUAUCAGCUGGAGCAGCGCUUGUUAAAAACAGCCAAAGAGAAGAUGGAGCAGCUCAGUCGGGCCCUGAGUGGAAGGGAAGGAGGACCACCUGACACUACAUUCAUUGAAGAUGCGGUCCUAGAACUACUAAAGACUCGCCGCAUCCUCAAGUGUUCUUAUCCUUAUGGGUUCUUUCUGGAGCCGAAGAGCACAAAGAAAGAGAUCUACGAGCUUAUGCAGACGGAUUUGGAGAUGGUGACUGAGGACCUAGCACAAAAAGUCAACAGGCCUUACCUGAGGACGCCGCGCCACAAGAUCAUCCGUGCAGCGUGUCUAGUACAGCAGAAGAGGCAGGAGUUCCUGGCCUCAGUAGCCAGAGGAGUGGCCCCCAACGACUCUCCUGAGGCCCCCAGGCGCAGUUUUGCUGGCGGAACGUGGGACUGGGAAUACUUAGGCUUUGCAUCACCUGAGGAGUACGCAGAGUUCCAGUACAGACGGAGACAUAGACAGCGAAGAAGAGGUGACAUGUCCAGUCUGCGUAGCAACACACCCGACCCCGAUGACCCCAGUGAUGGCAUUCUAGACCCACACGAUGUCGGAGGUGGACGGAGACAAGGUCAUCUGAUGGGCCUUGGUUCCUUAGACGACGAUGACCCCAACAUUUUGCUGGCCAUUCAGCUGUCGCUCCAGGAGUCUGGGCUGGCAGGGAGUGUGUCCAGUCAUGAGGCCCUUGCCAACGAGGCCUCUCUUGGUGCUAUUGGCACCUCCCUGCCUUCUAGGCUGGAACAGAGCGCUCCUGGUGUGGAUGUCCUCCCCAGAGCUUCCCUAAGCAGCUCAGAACUGCUGGAGCUGGGAGAUAACUUGACCAGGCUUGGCAACAUCAACAUCAGUAGCCAGUAUUCUGCCACCACUAGUGUUACCACCUCUGUACAGCACUGUGAAAUUCGCCACCGGGCUUACGGGGCCUCUCUACCGAUACCGGUUGCCCCCGGUGGCAGCAGCUCAUCGACGGGCCUCUUCUCCUCCUCUAGUGACACGUUAGACUCGACUACAUGCAGCAGCCACGACCCAUCCUCGUCCUCUACAUUGGCUGCAAAUGCAAAUCUGCUGGGCAACAUCAUGGCGUGGUUCCACGACAUGAACCCUCAAGGCGUCACCCUGGUUUCGUCAACCUCCUCCGACACCGAUUCAAACCUGGGCGCGUUCCAUGCGGGUGGGAGGGGCAGCCCGCAGGAUGACGAGAAGGCCGGUGUCGUCGUCCUGCCUCAGGAAGUGAUGGCAGAUGUGGGUUUCUGCUCUCGGAGGCUGAGUGACACGGAGGAGAAAGACUGUCCCGUGGCUGAGAGGCCGACCCAGUUAGACCUUGUGGGGCUGGACACUCUUGAACCGAGCGUCGAGCACGCAGAGCACCGAGGCUCGAAGGUCGGCCGUGUUGACACUCCGCAGUGUGACUCUGUAUCCUACCAGCUGCCCAGCACCAGCUCCUCUGAGUGGGAGGAUCAAGUGCACCUGGUAUGAUCUGAUUGGUUGAGAGAGUUUUUUUAGGAAGGCCAAAAACCACUACAGGUUGAAAGAGAGGUGGAAUGUAAACUGAAUGAAGAAUGUGUCGGUGCAAACUUGGUGCGAAAGUGAGUGAAGAAGAAUUUAGACUCGAGCAUCGCAGUCAGAUCACUUCACUGUGUUGGCUGUUGCCCCCCUGAAGACAAAGCACUAACUGACGGAGAGAUGACGUUUGAUCACCAUUUUCAAUUAUAUAUUUCCUAAUAUGAUCCUCUUGAUGAUAGAAAUCUGAUUAAGUUGCUUUUUUUCUGAAAGCAGUUUUAAACGAAAUAUUAGAUUUAGACACAUCCGCCUGUAGUGCAGGUUUUUUUUUUGUCCACUGGAUUAAAAGGCCUACUGUAUAUGUCUGGAUCAGGUCUGGGGCGGAUUAAUAUCCAAUAUUCAAUCUGUAGGGUAGUGUGAGAAACAGUUACCGCUCCCACUCCUGUCCAUAUCUGCCUACUAUAUUACUUUCUAGGUGCCAAACACUGACUAGCAAAAGCACAGUUUGCAGUCACCAAGUGGAUUAUUCAAAGCAAGUUGUGCCUGCUUAUCACAAUCUCAACGACUCAGCUCAACGUUAAUGUGAAAGUCUCCAGCCAUAUUUUUGAGGUUUGCGGCUGAGUGAAAUUUUAAAUUCUAAAAGCUGUAGUGUGCUGUGCAGAUCUGUAGUUUAAGACCAUAAUGGUUUUGUACUUUAUUAUGUGAAAACGCUCACAUCAUUCAAAUGAACAGGAGGUUGCCUGCUCCCAAAACCAGACAAAAAAAACCCCAUUUCAGAACGGACUUGACAAUGGUUAUUCAUCUCAAAGCCUCAACCCAUGAACACUUUGAAUAGGAAAUGUCAUGUGAGCUUCAAAAACAACAGACGCUGACAGGCCCCGCGGGGCCACUGAGCAUCAAUCAGUUCACACCUUUGUAACGGCGUCACUCUGAAUCCCAUUGUAGCUCGUCUCAAAUGAAUGUCCGGGCUCUGCAGCUGAAGGAGCGUGACAGACGGAGGAGACCGCGAGUGCCCUUGUUUGUACACAACAGAGGAAGGCCAGUGGAAAGAGAUUAUCAAGCAAUCACAUUCAGAUUUUGGCGAAUUAAUCAAUCAAGCCCAAGUCACUGUAAUCAAUCUCUUUGGUCCUCUUGUGUGAGUGUAACUGGAGCAGAGACUUCUCCGAGCUCUGCAGACGUCCUGGGCUGCAGGGGGGCGCGUGGAGAAAAGGUGAAUGUGUGUUGCAUCUCAAACACACGAGGAGUCCCGUGUUUCUCUGCGUAGUUAGAGACACAGUGCCUUUAUGUCCGUCACCAUUAUUUAAUCCUUUUUUUCUAGAGUGCUAAUUACACUGUAUUUACAGUGUAAAAAAAGUUAUUUCCCUCACGUGAUGUUUGUAGUGUGCAGACAUGGAAGUCUUGAUAUUCUUUUCUUUGUUUUCUCCUUUUCAACAAAAUACUAGUAGCAUGAGGCUUUAUUUCAUUCUACAUGUAUUAGGUUAGUGAACAACACUGAUUUGAUAUGAUUUGGUAAAAUGGGUAAAUGGUUAAUUUCCUACUCAAAAUAUUUUUGAACAGCUUUUAUUUCUUUUCUUUUUUUGUGCAGUAGGGCUUCUUGCCCUAAAUUUUUUGAAAAGUUGGUUUUCACUGUAUCUACUUAGUUGACCCACUGUAUGUGUAUCACGUAUCGUACCUGAAGACACUAAAAAUGGAGGAAAGUUGCAAUAUAAUGUAGGUAUUUAUUUCGAAUGAAAUUGAUCCGCUUCAGAAACGUGAUUGUGAAUAACCCACAUGGAAUGAACGAACGCGUCAGUGUUUUACCUUUUCGAGAACUAAUUCCUGUGUUUGCACAGACCAAUGUCUGACUGAGGUUCAUGACAGAAGAUGUAGAGGAGCCUCAUUAAAUCUAAAAGUAGCGAUUGCUUUGAAAAGUUUUGAAGUUGUGAAGAGUGCCAUAUGGUUAGUGGGACUAACGUUGUUGGGACUGGGUUAAUGGACGUGGGUGAAACAGAGGAUCCAACCUGCGUUGCCCUUUUUGUGUAACAGUAUGCUGGUGCAUGAAAUGGGUACAAGUGUGGAAAAAACUAGUUUAUCCUUCUUUUGUAUUUUACCACUAAUGUCCAGGUGAUUUCUUUUAAAAAAUUAACAUUUUGUAACUCAUUGAGAUUUUCUAUUGUAAAGCAACUAAUCCUUGAAAUGCUAUUUGCACUUUCAUAGUCUAUACUUGAUACAUUCCCUCUUUAUAUGAAGAAAAAAAAAAGAAGUUUGAUGUGUGAUGCCAAUAAACUACGUGUUGAGUUUUAA